AUGGAUUCUGAGUCGGAGCACGAGCACCGCGAUGACGAGAGCGUGUCUGAACAAGAGGAAAUUGAGGAGACGAAGCCAAAGCCCGCGCUGAAGAAGGCGAAGGAAGUGGCCGCCCCAGUCGAGCGCCCAUAUCUCCCAGAACAACCGGAGCCUGGCACAAUAGACUUCUCCACACUGAACCCGCUCUCGCCUGAGAUCAUCUCCCGUCAAGCCACCAUCAACAUCGGUACGAUUGGCCACGUUGCCCACGGAAAGAGUACGGUGGUAAAGGCCAUUUCUGGUGUCCAGACUGUCCGUUUCAAGAACGAACUCGAGCGAAACAUCACCAUCAAGCUCGGCUAUGCCAACGCAAAGAUCUACCAGUGUGACAACCCCGAGUGUCCGCGCCCAACAUGCUACCGGUCGUACAAGAGUGAGAAGGAGGUCGACCCGCCUUGCGAGCGCGAAGGCUGCGCAGGCAAAUACAGGCUGAAGCGCCACGUCUCGUUUGUCGACUGCCCUGGUCACGACAUUCUCAUGAGCACGAUGUUGUCAGGUGCCGCCGUCAUGGACGCCGCGCUGCUCCUCAUCGCCGGAAAUGAAACCUGCCCGCAACCGCAGACUAGCGAGCAUCUCGCAGCCAUCGAGAUCAUGAAGCUGAACCACAUCAUCAUUCUUCAGAACAAGGUCGAUCUGAUGCGGGAAGACAGCGCUGCCGCGCACUACGAAUCGAUCCUCAAGUUCAUCCGUGGAACUGUCGCUGACGGAUCACCGAUCAUCCCCAUCUCUGCCCAGCUGAAGUUCAACAUCGACUCCAUCAACGAGCACCUCAUCAGCAAGAUCCCAGUCCCAGUCCGAGACUUCUCUGCGAAACCCCACAUGAUCGUCAUUCGAUCAUUCGACGUUAACAAGCCCGGUGCUGAGAUCGACGAGCUGAAGGGUGGUGUUGCUGGUGGCAGUAUUUUGACUGGUGUGCUCAAGUUGGGUGACGAGAUUGAGAUCAGGCCCGGUAUCGUGUCAAAAGACAGCGCUGGUAAGAUCCAGUGCAAGCCCAUUUUCUCAAGGGUCGUGUCCUUGUUCGCAGAGCACAACGAUCUGAAGUUCGCGGUACCUGGUGGUUUGAUUGGUGUUGGAACCCGUGUCGACCCAACUCUGUGCCGUGCCGAUCGUCUUGUAGGCUUUGUUCUUGGUCUCCGUGGACAUCUGCCAAACAUCUACACUGAGCUUGAGGUCAACUACUUCCUUCUCCGAAGAUUGCUCGGUGUAAAGACUGCGGACGGAAAACAAGCCAAGGUUGCCAAACUCGCAAAGAACGAAGUUUUGAUGGUCAACAUUGGCUCGACUGCAACGGGAGCCAAGGUCAUCGCUGUCAAGGCCGACGCCGCUCGUCUUUCCCUAACAUCACCUGCAUGCACAGAGAUUGGCGAGAAGGUUGCACUUUCAAGACGUAUUGAGAAGCAUUGGCGACUGAUUGGUUGGGCCAACAUCGUGGCUGGAAACAUCCUAGAGCCGAUUGUCGACUGAAGACAGCCCCAACAAGCGUCCUGCUUGGAAUCUGCAGGGUCACCCUAACGAUUAUACGACUUCGUGAAAGCCGGAUUUUGUGCAUUAUGUUCUUGAGCAUUUCCAGCAGGAGUCGGUGGCAUGUGAGGAUAGGCACAAAAAGGAUUUCCUGCGGCCGCGAUUUAGAGAUGUCUUCACAGGGCUGCAGCAAAGUGAGGCGAGCUUCAUUUGGAGAUGAUGAACUUUGUGUAAAAGCACGAUCUCUGAGCAAGCAAUCAGAAUAGCGAAAUACAAUAAGAAACACGUU